AUGAAUGAUCAAAGAGCACUUCGUGCCAGCUUCGCUGGCCAAAAUCAAUUCAACUGGCGUAAUCUUCGCCUGAUUAUACUUAUUUCGAUGGGAGCAUGUACCUUUGGGUAUGGAGUCUCCAUCAUCGGAACCACUCUGGGUGAACCUGGGUUCCUACUAUAUAUGGGCCUAGUUGACUCCGCCACUGGGGAACCAACUACAAACUCAGCUGGACUCACCGGCGCCAUUACGGGCACAUUCUACGCCGGUUCAUUCUGCGGCCUCCUCGUAGGUAGCUGGGUGAUGGACAAAUACGGGAGGAAGGCAGGAGUGAUAUACGCCGCCAUACUCGGACUCAUUGGAACCAUUGGAGUCACGGCGGCGCAGAACGUCGCCAUGUUUGUUGUAUUCCGGUUCUUCUGUGGAGCAGGAGCGAACAGCUUCUUAGGCGUCACAGGAGUCUUUACUUCAGAGCUGGCUCCCCCUGCCUUGCGAGGAUUCUUCGUCGGCAUGGUUGGUGGCGGGAUCGUUAUCGGCUACUCGAUUGCUUCGCUUAUGGGACUUGCUUGCUUCUAUAUCGACGAUCUCCAGGCGCAGUGGCGGGUUCCAUUGGGCUUGACGCUCGUGUUCCUGGUAUUCAUGUUGUGCAUCCUUCCGUGGCUGCCCGAAUCCCCUCGCUGGCUCCUCAUGGUCGGCCGUGAUGCAGAAGCCAAGAAACUCAUUUACGACAUUCAUAAAAGCUCCAAGGACCACAGUCAGACAUUCGCCGAACAAGAAUUCUUCCAGAUGCAACAGCAGAUCGAGCUCGACAAAACCAUGAAAACCUCGUGGUUGGAGAUGUUCCGGAAGCCUUCCUACCGCAAACGAUCCAUCAUCGCUCUGACGUUCGGCUUCUUCAACCAGAGCACCGGAAUCCUUGUUGUGGGUAGUUACGGGACGCUCAUCUACAAGAGCCUUGGGUAUAACGCGAGGGACGUUCUCUGUUUUCAGGUCGGCUGGAUCUUGACUGCAGUGCCAUUCAACUUUCUUGGCGCAUGGCUAUCGGACCGCUGGGGUCGUAAACCUAUGUUCAUCAUAGGUCUGGCUGGCUGCGCAAUCAGCUUGUCUCUGGAAGCCGCAAUUGUUGCGACUUACGUGACUCCUGAGCAGCUCCUCCACCCAAACCAGGCUGCCCUUGGCAUGGCCGUUGCUUCUCUGUAUCUCAUGAUGGCAUUCUUUGGUGCAACUCUCGAUGUUGCUGGAACUCCUUUCAUCAACGAAUUGUUUCCCAAUCAUCUGAGAUCAAAAGGCUACAGCAUGACCUUGGCAAUCAUGACGUGUACUACGUUGACAUACACCGAAGUUGGUCCCACUGCUCUACAACACGUCGGCUGGAGAUACUACCUUCUCUUCAUCUGCUCGUCGGUGGUUGGCUGCUUCUGGAUCUAUUUCACAUUUCCAGAGACCAAAGGGAUCCCGCUCGAAGAGGUGGCAGCACUAUUUGGCGAUGCUGAUGAGGUGGUCGUAUAUUCAGCAAGUUUGAGCCAAGAUGAGAAAGGACAGACUGUCCUUGUGGAAGGGGAGAAAGAGACCACAGAAGUCCACGUUGAGAUUGCAAAGUAA